AUGAAAAAGGAUUUGAUCAUAACGACUUGGCACGUCAUCCCUGUCAAGGCCGAAAAUGUACUGCCUGUCAUCAAAAAGAUUGUCCGGAUUAUGCAUGCCACAAAUCACCAGAACUCAGGUGUGAUAAAUGUCCUCGUGACUUCUCCAGAGCAGAUUCUUAUUGACAAUACAAAAAGUCAUCCAACAAAGACAAGAAAACCGUGUGUGACAUUUUCACCAAAUGUACCGAAUGGCUUGAACACCCCUGAAAGAAGAAAAACAAAGGAGGAAAAAAACACAAAUGCGUUGUCACUCAAUGUCCCGUAUGCCAAGAAGACGUAG